AUGGGCUCGUUACUAUCACACCUAAGCAAAGGGAGUGGUGAUGCAAUGGUGCCAGAUAUAAAUCUUGACCUUGAAAAUGCCAAACCUACUCAAGCUGAGGUAGGCUUGCAUAGCCAUGUAUCAGGACUACUCCAGCCAACAGAUUCUCUUCUGGACUCCUUACGACGAUACGAUGGAUGCGGAGAGCUCAUACGAAAAGCAAUAUCAAAUCCUACACCUGAAAACGAAGAAGAAGCUUGGCAGGCUGUUCAACCUGCUGUUGCAAAAUUAAAACGUUAUUUUGAAUAUUCAGCAUCAUUGGAGGAUGCAUUACCUGAACUGUUGAAAGCACUUUGUGAAGGCAAUGUGCGGAGUAAUAUUGAAAAAUAUCAAGCUCUCACAAAAUUAUUGGCAGAUAUACUGGAUUUUGCGUUCGAGUUUGAUUAUUUGAAGAUGAAAACGCCAUCUAUCCAAAAUGAUUUUUCAUACUAUCGACGAACAUUAAGCCGGGGGAAACUUGCAAACGAAACGGACCUGAAAACUGCCAUGAUUGAGGAUGAAUUGGCCAAUCGAAUUUCAUUAUUCUACGCAUAUCCAACGCCAAUGUUAAAAACUGUAACGGACGUUACAGCACUUUUUGUUGCUAAGAAUAAUUUGGGCAGAAACGUUUCAGAAUGUUUAUCUGGAUUGGCGGCAGGAUGUUAUCAUGCAGUGACAAAGAAAAGAGUUCAGUCAGCAGAAGCGAUCGCUUUUUGUCUACGGGUGAUGGUCGUUGCUAUUAUUCUUUAUGAUCAUAUUGACCCACAGGGAGCGUUCAAUCGACAAUCUCCAAUUAAUGCAAUACAAGCUCAUGGAACCACAGAAUAUCAGAAUCUUAUGUCCGCUCUACGAUUUAACACCAAACACCUGAAUGAUGAAUCUACACCGAAAAACAUAAAACAACUUUUGAGCAGCCAUUAG